CAAACCCUUAUUCCUUUAUAACAAAGGAAAACAUUCAUCUUCACCACCACCUCUCCGUUACUCGAUCACACCAAGAAAUUCGAUCUCGAGAAAGUGAAGCGAGCUCUAGAGAUGGAAGAAGCCUUAUUUUGUUCUCCUGAACGAAGCCCAUUCGACCACAAAGAAACCCACAAUUUUCUCAAGAAAAUCGAGACUGAAGAUCGUCCAGAAAAAAGUGACUACAAAGACUCAGAGAAUACAUAUGAUCUUGCCAAAGAAUUAUUCGAAGAAUCUGAUCACAUCAAGGCAUUGGAGAUAACCGAGAAAACCAUCUCUGAUCAUGACCUGAAGAAAUCAUGCUCUCCUCACCACCAACUACAAGGUGACAUCUUCUUUUCUCUAGCAAGAAAAGCAGAUACUAAAGACAUCAAAUGUGUAUACUUGUUUGCUUCUGUCGAUGCUUACUCGAUGUCUAGUCUUCUAUGUCCUGACUCUGUAAGCUCCUUCUAUGGCUGUGCUCGUUCGCUGAUUGAAUUGGGUGACCAGCUCGGGAUAAACAGCUUUUAUAAGAAAGCCGAGUCCAAGGCUAGACAUGGAUUAUCCGUGAAGAUGCUUAAACCUCAAGAAAGUUAUGAUCAUCAGUUCAUAAAAGAUGAUUUGAAGGCAGAACUUGAGGCUUUAAUCAAUCUUGCAAUAUGGAAGAUGAAUAUCAAUGAGGCAAUGCUUGUGUCAAGUAAUGUGGCUAGCCAGAUGAAAGAACAGGGCAAGGUAGAUACUUACGUUAUUGAUAGAUUGAAGGACUUGUGGGGUAAGCUAGAUGAAAAGACCAAAAGGGAAUUUUUGGUAGUAGACAGCACAAGUCUUGUAGACUAUUUACAUGAUGAUAACAUAUAUGACAAGAAAAUGAUUGAACACAUUUCCAAAUGCCUAUGCGUGGAUGAUGAACUUGGCUGGAGAUGGUGGAAGUGCCGCAUUUGUCCUCAGGUAAAUUAUUGUUUCACUGAUUGCAAGUGGCACAUUUUAGAUAAGCAUGUACACGAGUUUCUACCCCGAAACUGUUCUCGUCCUAUGCGUGUGGAUAAGUUUUUAGCUGACAUGAUACGUUGUGGGGAAUGGGAGCCUGUGGAUACAUCAAGGGCAGUAGAUCUGAUCAAGGCCAGAAUUAAGGGUAGGGAAGAGUUUAUUUAUGUUCAUGGAUGGUGUAAUGAUUGGCCUGUAGCCAAGGAUGAAGAGCGGAAAGAAAUACUCAGACAGUUUGCUGAGGUUCUGAAAUCUUCUUGCUCCAAUGAUACUCUUCCAUGUAGCCUUUGGGACUGGUUGAUUGAUUACACAGAAGAGAAUGUGAAUCUACCUCAAGUUCAUGGGUUCUAUCUUGAUAGAUGGAGCUUCUUUAAGAACCCUCAGUGCAUCUGCUUCUUAGAUCUCAGCAGCCUUAAACACAUACUCGAAUAUGUUAAGCAGUUCACCACAGAUGUUCGCACAGGAUUAGUUUUAGCGGUAGUUGAUCGGUUAGGAGAAAAGUCCCUGGUCAAUGAAAGAACUGGAGGUUUUAAUCUGCUUCUGGAUGAGAGAUUGUUGUAUGAAGGAGAGCAUGAUUUUGAUGACUUAGGUUCAGUAAUAAGGACUUCUAAGUCCACUGGAAUUUAUGAGCAUGUAAUACCUAAGGGUGAUGAGAUUGUCUCUUGGGUUCUAGACUGCCCAGUAAUCGAUACAAAUUUCGUGUCUCAAGUGGCAGAAGGCGUACACAACCUUGAGAUAUGGUUAGCAGUUUUGAGAAUAGUACGGUCCACGGCUAGGAAAGAGGUAAGCUACUAUAGUAAGAGAGACAAGCUGCAAACAUAUGGUAAGAUGUUGAGUGAGGCUGAAGCCCUUUGUGACAAAGAAGACAUGUGGAUGAAUGCUAAUCAGAGGAGCAGAUACGCAUUGACGUUUAGAAGUGUGUGUGAGCGGCGUGUAACUCAAGAUAGUGCUACCAAAUGUUGUUUCUUAAAUGUGGUAAGAGAUGUUCUUCAAGGGGCAGAAUCUCCAAGAUUCGAAGUAUUACAAGACAAAGAAUUCAUGGAGUGUAUAUCUGAGCUCUCUACCACUGUUCAAAAUGAUGUUAUUAGAAGAAGUAUGUGUAAGCUAAGAAAGUGGCUGAAUGAGAAGCUCGUUUUGAUUGAUUCAAAGAUUUUACUAAAUGAGUGGACGUACAAAAAGUUACAUGCAUUCGCAAAGUUAUCUGCAAUUGAUAAUCGCUUAGUGGUCCUUCCGGUGGUAAAGAUGUUCUUACAGGAUAAACUGAAGAGCAUGCUGAAAACACAUAAGAGAAAGAUUACAACAGCUGCUGCAGGAGCUUCUGCUAAGAAGGGACGAAGUACUCAAACGAGGGAUAGAAGAGUUUUUCUAUAAGUAGGUGUUGUUAAGAAGAUGGUAUUUUAUAUCCUUUUGGUUUUCCCAUUUUCACGUUAGCUUUUUCUUAUACCAGUCAAGUAGUACAACAUCAGUUUCUUAUAGCGUGGCGGGUCUUUAAUUCAGUGGAAAUACUUUAAAAAGUAAAGCAAACUGAACUUUUUUACUUUGUUUUAGGAUCAGAUGCAUGCAAGUUCUAUAUGUUUCUUUAAUAUUUUUUUCGAUUCUUUGUGACAUUGCCACCUUUUUUGUGACAUUGCAACUAUAUCUACUGUUCU